AUGUUUGCAGUAAUAGAAUUCAAAGAAGCAGAUGGUGGUGGGCUCUCACUAGUUAAUUCCCAGUGGCUUACUCCCAGAAAACAAGAGGUAUUCUGGCCGCCUAUAAAAAAUAGUUCAAAUUUUAGCAAGGUAUUGCGUAGAGUCGAACAGGACAUAGACCCCGAUAAAUGGAAAUUAUUUGGAGUAGAAAAAGUUUUCUAUGAAACUGAGGACUUUGAUAAAGCUAAAGAAAAAUUGAGGCAAGCCGAGGUAACUUCUGAUCUUCACACAGAUCUAGAUGAGGACCCUGAAGAGAAGAGAAGACUUAAAAGAAAAAUAAUUAAAAAAAAAGUUUUCUCUGAUACUGAUGAUGAUGAAAACGAAAAUGAUUGCUCACCCCCAAAAAAGUUGACAACAAAAAAGAAACUGGACCUUAAUCUACCACGUCCCCCACGUAUCCAAUUGAAGCUGAAUAAUAAUUAUUAUACACAAAAAACAGGCCUCUCUCAAAACACGGCAGAGGAAGAAGAAGAAGCCAGUCAAAUAGAAUCAGAUGUCGAUGAUGGGGGCGAUACAAGCAUGAAUAUUUCAGAGCAGAAUUAUAGAGUACGUCUGUCCACACCAAAAUCUUCUACUUCCACAGGACAUUCUUCUGUUGUACACGACGUUUCACAACGUUCGACACCAUGCACUGAUCCAAGCUCAGUGGAUUUUGAUAACAAUCUCCGUGAUAUGCCCGCAUUCAAGACGCUUCUAGAAAAUGUUUUGAAAGUUAAGGCACAAAACAGACAAAUUUUGAGUAUUCUUAAAAAAUCUACUCCUACACAAAUUGUUGGUUUGCCUGAAAGUCUACCUGUCAACUUGCCAGUUUCUGAACUAGAAGAUUUAGCGAAACUGGAAAGCUUCCUUGAAGAGGAAGAACAUCUUUGUCACUUUAAAUCCUAUUGCCUAUCCAUAUGAAACUCCAAAGAUUUAGUCCAGAAGACUAAUAGACUUCUCCGAAGUAUUAUCUCUGACACCGUGGCCAAGAAAUAUAAUUACUUUGGAAACAACAGAAACAAGUCCACCAAGGAAGCUGAAAAAAGCCCAUUUUGUAGACUUCAUCUGAACAAAGUCAUAAUAGAUGCUGUAAAGCACCAAUGCGUUUCCGAUUUUUUUUCGAAAGCAAGAUAAUAGCAAAGAGUGGUGAAGCUUUAAAAUUUACUCCCUGUCAACCUAUAUCAAAUGUAUUUCAUUUUCCUAAGUCAACGAAAAAUAGAUGAGAAUGUCAGUCUUUUAGCCACCUCUUGAAUUUCCUACUGUUUUUUUAUUGAUACAUUAUAGUACAUCUAGGUCCUAUCGUACUGUUAGAUAAUAGAAGAUUAUUUUUUGUUUUUUUUUUUUAGAGAUUUAUUUCGUUUAAAAUAAACUGGUACCAAGGCCUUCAUGAUAAUAAUAUAUCAGAAAUAAAUUAUUAUAACAUUCAACCAAGUAUAGGUAGUACAAGGUUCCUACGUAAGAUUGUAUGAUUGAUUCUAUGAUUCUUAGUGUUUAAUUUUUUUCUGGUACCUACUUGUAUUGUAUUCCAGUUUGAAUAAAAAUUUUACUUACAAAACUGAAAAAAAGGAUGCAUUUAUUUUUCGAAUCCAAAUCGAUGAAACCCAAUAUAACCCAUCAAAAAAAAAAAAAAAAAAAAACCUGUAUUAAGACGUCUAUAAGGCGUCCAUUUGACGUUGAUUAUACGUCACUUCUUCGUCACUAGACAACGUCGCUUCUACGUCACUAGACAACGUCACUUCUACUAUGACAUUGUGACGUCUAAGCGACGUAUAUUGGAACGUAGAUUAGACAUACCUCGACGUCACUAAAUGACGUUGAAUGAACGUGGAAUUGACGUAAGCUUGCUGCUUGGGUAGGGAACUUUACAAUUUUUUAUUUUAUUUUUUUAAAUCAUUUAUUUAUGCCUUGAAAGAGUAUUCCCCAAAUAUUAUUCCCUAAAACUCAAUAAUAACUUGGUGAAAAAUGUUUAAAGUUUCGUGCGAAUUAAAAGCUUUUCAAACGACCUUAAAUCUGGAUGACGUCACGUUGUAUGAUUUUGCGUUAAGCCGGCGCCACACGAUGUGUCCAACCAUUGGCCCCAACGUUAGAUUCAACGUUGGGUACAGUGUUUUUUGCUCUAGCAUUCGGCAAAUGCACAUACCUACUUACUUUUGUUACUAUAAACAUAUCACAAAUUACAGAUUGGCGGAUUGCCCUUUGGAAUUUCCUUCUUCGGUCAUAAUUAAUAGGUAUAUCGUUUUAUUUAUAUAAUGCUAUGCUAAUCAUUGAAUUUGAGCGAAGUAAACCAAUUCUAAUAUUGAUAAAAUUUUAAAAAAUCAGAGAAAAACGUAAAUAAACACAGCUAACGGGUAUUUAUUAUGUAGAAUUCGAGUAAACGCUCGGAGUUGCUGUUUUGUUCUUUUAUCCCUGUUCUUCUCAUCAUAAGAAAAAAAGACGGAAAAU